ACUAAUUACUAGUUGGACUUGAUCGAUGUGCAAAAUCCUUGGCCUGCCGGGACUCCUCAAACCUUCUGCUUCCAAAAUGGACCAGAUUAUGAGAGACGUCUCCUACGCCAAAUCAACAUACAGAAUGAGAACACAAUGCCUUGUGUAGCAGAGAUGAGAAGAACCCUGACGCCUUCUAAUUCUCCCAUGUCUUCUCCCAGUAAGCAUGGUGACAGAUUCAUUCCCUCAAGAGCUGGGGCCAACUGGAGCAUCAACUUCCACAGAAUAAAUGAAAACGAAAAAUCGCCAAGUCAAAACAGAAAAGCAAAGGAUGCUACAUCAGACAAUGGCAAAGAUGGCCUUGCCUACUCUGCCUUGUUGAAGAACGAACUCUUAGGAGCAGGGAUCGAGAAGGUGCAAGACCCACAGACAGAAGACAGGAGGCUGCAACCAUCCACCCCAGAGAAGAAGUCUCUCUUCACUUAUUCACUCAGCACAAAACGUUCUAGUCCAGAUGAUGGCAAUGAGGUCUCACCAUAUUCCCUGUCUCCUGUCAGCAACAAAAGCCAGAAACUGCUCAGAUCACCUCGAAAACCUACUCGGAAAAUCUCCAAGAUUCCUUUCAAAGUGCUGGAUGCCCCAGAGCUGCAGGAUGACUUCUACUUGAACCUGGUGGACUGGUCCUCUCUGAACGUCCUCAGUGUUGGCCUUGGGACUUGUGUUUACUUGUGGAGUGCUUGUACUAGCCAGGUAACCCGGCUGUGCGAUCUCUCUGUGGAAGGAGAUUCUGUAACAUCUGUGGGCUGGUCAGAACGGGGGAACUUGGUAGCUGUUGGCACUCACAAGGGUUUUGUACAGAUCUGGGAUGCAGCUGCAGGAAAAAAGCUCUCCAUGCUGGAGGGGCACACAGCCAGAGUUGGUGCUUUAGCAUGGAAUGCUGACCAGCUAUCUUCUGGGAGUCGAGACCGGAUGAUCCUUCAGAGGGACAUCCGCACGCCCCCGUUGCAGUCUGAGCGGCGGCUCCAGGGCCACAGGCAGGAGGUCUGCGGGCUUAAAUGGUCUACAGACCACCAGCUCCUGGCCUCUGGAGGCAACGACAACAAGCUCCUUGUCUGGAAUCACUCCAGCCUGAGUCCUGUCCAACAGUACACCGAGCAUUUGGCAGCAGUGAAAGCUAUUGCCUGGUCUCCGCACCAGCACGGGCUCCUCGCCUCCGGCGGUGGCACCGCCGACCGCUGCAUACGCUUCUGGAACACGCUCACAGGGCAGCCCUUGCAGUGCAUUGACACCGGGUCACAAGUGUGCAACCUAGCCUGGUCCAAACAUGCCAACGAGCUGGUGAGUACCCAUGGCUACUCGCAGAACCAGAUCCUCGUCUGGAAAUACCCCUCCUUAACUCAAGUAGCAAAGCUCACGGGGCAUUCAUACCGAGUCUUGUAUCUGGCAAUGUCCCCUGAUGGGGAGGCCAUAGUCACAGGAGCUGGAGACGAAACCCUGCGCUUCUGGAACGUCUUCAGCAAAACUCGCUCGACAAAGGAGUCAGUAUCCGUUCUCAACCUCUUCACCAGGAUACGAUAAACCCCUUGUGCUGAGACCCAGGAGACUGCAGGCUGCCAUACCAGGAUGAAACCAUUACCUUGGUGUGCAUGGACCCCCAAGUUAUUCACCAGAGGGGGAGUGCCAAUGGGACUGGAGGACGGACCCAAGAGAUGAUCAUUAAAUACGUGCUUGUGAACAUGCUGGGCAGUAUUUGGGGUAGGGCUGGGGAGGGGAGGGAACUGCCAAAGGUUUAUGGAUUCAUCCUUCAUAAAAGGGUACAAGAGAAAUGUUAAACCUGCAUCUUCCAACCCUCAUGUUGUGUACUGGAGAAACCGUGUGUGACAUGGACCACUGAGAUGGGACCAGCUGCUGCGUUGUCCCCUCCUGGGAGAGACCAAACCAUCUUUGCCUCUGUAGGAACAACUUUAAUGUGCUACUCUGGGUUCUGCUCUCCUUGGAUGCCAUCAGUGGAGGUAGGAGCCAGCCAGACCAGUUCGACAUCACUCAUGCAUGGGGGCUGGAUUCCAGGUUUGUUACCUGGCACCCCUGUUAGAGGAAGUGUCUUUCUUUGUGCUCUCCAGGGGUGUUGUGACUCAGUACAAUCAUUCCAGCUUGAGUUUUGCUUUGGUUUAGGCAUGCUUGACAGCUGCCUUCAAGUCCAUUUGGGGGCUCAGCUUUGGAGGAGACUUGAGGCUCCAUCGUGGAGGGAGCACAUUCAGAAAGUGCUGACAUUGCUGUUGCAUGUUCUGGGCUGAUCCUUUUAAUCAACAGAGAGGAAAACCAAUGGCUUGAAGAAACCCAACCAACAACCACUGUGCACGUGGGGCUCCCCACAGUGGUGUCUGUAGUGGCCUGGUUGCACUGGAGUCUUCCUGAGGACAAAAGCAGUUGAGAUGUGUCUGUGAAACAAAACCACUCGUGUGGAUCUGGGUUGUUUUGGAGAGAGCAAUGGCCUCUUCUGCCUGGAAGGGGGAAUUACCUCAUGUCUGGACGAGAACAGGGGUUCUUUUUGAAAGCAAGAAGCAUUGCUUUAUUUUCUAACCCCCAGGUUAAAGGCAGGGACCUGUUGUGGGGGUUCUGGGGGGUUGUUGUGGGGGUUUAAGUUGAAUGAGAGUGCCUGCUGGUGAGUUUGGGGUGAGCCAUGGGCUGAGCUGCAAAGUGCUCGUGUGUCUGUGUUGUUUUUAUUUUAAAGAGAAGCUGUUGUGCUUUCAGCAGCCUGUUCCCCUCUCACUGCCCAUGUGCCAAUGCUUUCCCUGCCACACUGGAAUGGAUGCAAGUGCUGUUUCCUCUUCCCAGUUGGAUUUUCCUGGCUGUGUGUAUAGACCUUGACCUGUUCUCUGUAGAUUGCAUAAGUGAUAAUGUUUCUCUCUUCCUUUUCCUUCUUUCCCUGCACUGGGCUGUAAUAGGGAUGGGAUUGUCUCUUCCCCAGUGCCACCAGUAUCUGUGGUGUACGAAGCAUGUGUAGGAAGCUCCACACGGAGAAGGGCAGCGAGGUGCUGCUCUGUUCACUGCAGCCUUGACUAUGGGUGCCAUUCACCAGUGCCUGGAUCAGGCUUUUGGUGCUCCCUUUGCAUGUCACAGGGAUGUAUGAGGCCCUCAUGUGCCAGGCUGGCAGCACCCAGGCUCCACAGCCCAACCUGGCAGCCACAUUGUGGUUUUACAGCCUCACCUGCUUCCAAAAUGUCAACGGGAUUUCUGACCCACCUUUUCAACACAAUGACUUUAGUGUAGUGCAGGGGUGUGGAGUUGGGUUUAAAAACUAUCCCAUGGCCUCGCAGCCCCUCUCUUCUUGUGUGAUACAUUCACAGGCACUGUUAAACUUCCAGCGUGUGGAAGGAGCACUCAGAGCACUGAGGAGGAGUUAAAAUUAACUUGGAUCAUUAAGUUGGUAAGAGCAGGUUUGAAGUCAAACGCCACCUGCAGCGGGACACAGGCUUUCCCAAGCUUCUGUCCUGUCUGCUCACCACAUUGGGCAGCAGUUGGGCCCAGGGUGGGUGUUUGCACCGGGGCUGGAGAUGGUUGUAGCUGUUGCUGUGGAUUUUCCUGUCUGUUGUGAGUUCCCUGCUGCAGUCCCAACAUUCAGGUGGUUUUGUGUGUUCUGGAGCAGGAGGGAGCUGAGCCCAGGGGGAUGCUGCUGACUGGGAAUGGCCACUUGUGUGUCUGUCCCUGCAUCAAACUCUCCCCAGGGGCUCCCACAUCUGCCUCUGGAGUUGCACUGGGGGUGGGUUGGCUUCUCUCCUGGUGAUAGGGGAGUGAAUGAGCUCUUCCUAUGGACCUGGCACAACCUCCUUCCCAGCAGUGGUGGUCCCAGAGGUGCUCGCUGGGGUCUGGGAUGCUGCUGUGUGCGUUCUAUGUGAGCACAGGCAGAGGGCAGAGCAGAAGGGCCUCGCUGAGUCUGGGUUGUGAAGUCUUGGCCAUGGGGCAUUAUUAUAUGUAAGGUGGGGACAAACCCCACAGCGAGCACGUUGUGAUUUGUCCGUGUAAAACAAUCUAACUGGCAUUAAACAAGGUGUGGAUUUAUGGCUCA